UGUGUGUUGUCACCAUAUAAAAGACAUUUCUGCCGCAGUUUCUGUCUUUGGAAUAAUGUCGGCUGAACGUGAUCUUAGAGAUAAUAAUGGCCCAGAGGGCAUGGAGCCAGAUGGUAUCAUUGAGAGCAACUGGAAUGAGAUUGUGGACAGUUUUGAUGACAUGAACCUGUCAGAGUCUCUGCUCAGGGGAAUUUAUGCCUAUGGUUUUGAGAAGCCUUCUGCCAUCCAGCAGAGAGCCAUUAUCCCUUGUAUCAAGGCUUACGAUGUGAUUGCCCAGGCACAGUCCGGCACUGGGAAGACUGCCACCUUUGCCAUUUCCAUCCUCCAGCAGAUUGAUGUGGAGACGAAAACCACUCAGGCUCUGGUCCUGGCUCCCACCAGGGAGCUGGCGCAGCAGAUCCAAAAGGUGAUUCUGGCCCUUGGUGACUACAUGGGAGCCAGUUGCCAUGCCUGUAUUGGAGGGACCAACGUCCGCACUGAAGUCGUGAAGCUCCAGAAUGAAGCCCCUCACAUAGUUGUGGGAACCCCUGGCCGUGUCUUUGACAUGUUGAGUCGCAAAAACAUCUCUGCUAAGACCAUCAGAAUGUUUGUCCUGGACGAGGCUGAUGAGAUGCUUAGUCGAGGGUUCAAGGACCAGAUCUAUGAGAUUUUCCAGAAACUGCCCAGCACCACACAGGUUGUCCUCCUGUCGGCCACCAUGCCAGUCGACGUUUUGGAGGUCACAAAGAAGUUCAUGCGUGACCCCAUCCGCAUCCUGGUGAAGAAAGAGGAGCUGACCCUGGAGGGUAUCCGCCAGUUCUAUGUCAACGUGGAGAGGGAGGACUGGAAGCUGGACACGCUGUGUGACCUGUAUGAGACUCUGACCAUCACACAAGCGGUCAUCUUCAUCAACACGAGGAGGAAAGUGGACUGGCUGACCGAAAAGAUGUGUGCCAGAGACUUCACCGUGUCUGCUCUGCACGGUGAUAUGGACCAGAAGGAGAGAGACUUGAUCAUGAGAGAGUUCCGCUCUGGCUCUAGUCGAGUCCUCAUCACCACUGACCUGCUGGCCAGAGGCAUUGAUGUGCAACAAGUGUCCCUUGUCAUCAACUACGACCUGCCAACCAACAGGGAAAACUACAUCCACAGGAUUGGGCGUGGUGGUCGUUUUGGCAGGAAGGGAGUAGCCAUCAACAUGAUUACUGAUGAUGACAAGCGAAUCCUAAGGGACAUUGAAUCGUUCUACAACACCACCAUCGAGGAGAUGCCCAUGAAUGUGGCCGAUCUUAUCUAGAAAAAAAAGUCGACAAUGCCCUCUGUCCGCCUCUCCCACCCUGCUUAUUUUAGAAGUCUCAACCCCCCUGUUUCUGAUUCGAUCUUGACCCGUAACGAUUCUCCACAUUCUACAGGAGGGAAGACUGCAGCUUCCUACCAUUUUGAAAAUAGUUUUGGCUGACUUUGAAGGAUGAAAUAUUGAUCAGCUUCAUCUGCGUUUCAUUUUUCAAGUGUUGGACAUAUGGCACCCUAAAUUCUUAUCAAGCAUUUAUUUGAACAUUUCCUCAUCAAUGUCUUGGUAGAACAAGUUUGUAAGUGAGCACCCAGGUGCACAACUUCAACUACUUUUCCUAAAGCUGAGUAAAAAAGGAUUGAGCUGAAGCUUUAGUGAAAUGUGUGUGUGGUUUGCAGCUGCGGCUCACGAUUGUUCAGACUGCACUUCAAACUCUUCUGCGUUUGACCGAUCAGUAUUUAAAAAAACGUCAGUGUCCUUAAACAAGUUCAUGGUCAUUCAUGUUAAGAACAGGUUCUGGGGGCGGGGUUUAGAGUACACAGGAGGGCAUAUUCAAUAAAGACCUGUAUAGUAAAAAUC